AUGGGCUCAAUGCCAAUGAUGCAGUCUCCUCAAUUUCUCAUCUCAAAUUCCUUAACCCUAGAUCCACUUUCCUCAACCAACUGUUUUUCUGCAAGAAUCUGCCAUCCCAAUGUCCAAUCUCCCUCCCGUAAAUCCAUAAUCACAUGUGCUCGGAGCACCAACAAAGGAUUCUUCCGAUCUCAACGCUCAAGAAAAACCCUAAUUCAAUUAGCCCGUUUUGCAGCAUCCAAUUUUCACCAUGUGUUACCGGAGCCCUUCAAUUCCGUAAUUCGAGAACUCGGCGGCGGCUCCGGCGGCGGUUCCGGCAGCAAUUGGAAGGGGUUUGGGUGGGGAGGGUUCGAUGGUGGUGGAAGAAAGAAAAGAGUUAACAAAAAGUCUCAAUUUUGGUUGUUAGGGUUUGCAGUAGCUUGUUGUCUAGGGUUUUGGUGGUUGAAUAUGACCGGACGAUUGGAGAAGAACGACGUCGUGUUAGGGGCGAUGUGUUUGUCGAUGUUUUUGGUUUUGGUUCGGAAUGUAUGCGUUCCUGAAUGGGUGUUAGGGUUUUGUGGUGGUGGGGUUGUUGUAGGUGUGUUGGUUGAUAAGAAAGAUGAGUUGCAGAAGGUUGUUAGGGGGUUCAAGACUAUGGGGAUUUCAAGAAGACAACCGCGGCGUCGUAUGAAGAUCAAGUAA